AUGAGCAGUCUCUAUGUUGUUGCCAGACUUCGUCCCUCAACUCUUCAGGAGUUGAAUGAAAAUCCAAAGCAAUACAUAACAAUUAAGGAAAAUGAAAUUAUUCUAAUAAAUAAUGGUGAAAUCGGGUGUGCACUGGUUGCAGAUCAUCGAGUUCGAACAAGAGUAUUUCCCUUAGAUCAUAUAUUUGGUUCAGUUGAUCAACGUAACCCGGAUAAUGAUUCUCAGGCUUCAGUUUACAACCAUAUAGGGAAACCUGCUGUGGACUCUGUGAAAGAUGGUUACAAUUGCAGUUUGUUUGCAUAUGGCAUGACAGGAACUGGAAAAACCCAUACAAUAUUUGGAUCUGAGGAUGAUCCAGGAUUAAUACCAAGAAUAUGUGAAGCUUUGCUGAAUCAUAUAAAAGUGAAUCAAAAUGUACAUAGAAAAUACGAAUUAAAAAUAAGUUUUGUUGAAAUAUACAAUGAAAAAAUUCAUGAUUUACUUAACAAUACAAAGGAACAAUCAUCAAUGCGUAUUCGUGAACAUCCUGAUGAUGGACCAUAUGUAGAAGGUUUAACAAAAGCAACUUUAACUGAUGUUAAGACUUUACGUACAGUCAUUGGUAAAAGUAUUAAAAAUAGAACUACAGCCGCUAACCACAAUCACGAAAAAAGUAGCAGAAGUCACGUAAUUUGCACACUCUAUUAUCAUGAGGAAAGAUCUGGAAAUGAUUUUCCAAGAACGAUAAACAGUAAACUCUGUCUAAUUGAUUUGGCUGGAAGUGAACGUGUACAUAAUUUGAAUAACAGUAAACGUUUCAAUGAAGGUCGAAAAAUCAACCUAUCCUUAUCAUGUUUGAGUACAGUUAUCGGAAAACUAGCUGAAAGAAAUUCAAUCUUUACCAAUGAUUCGGAACUGGCUGCACAUAGUAGUCAGUCCACAUUGAAUAGUACCAGAAGUUCUCACCAUUCUAGUACUCAUUACAGCAGUUCAUUUCAUAUUCCUUAUCGAAAUUCCAAGUUAACAUGGCUGUUAAGAGAUUCUUUGGGCGGAAAUUCACAUACCACAAUGAUAGCAACUAUAUCACCCUCUUACAAACAUUACAACGAAACGUUGAAUACUCUACGCUAUGCUCAACAAGCCAAGUUGAUCAAAAAUGCACCCAAAGUGAAUGAGGAUUCAUGCACAACUUAUAUAAAACAACUGUUGAACGAAAUUUCGACAUUGAAACAAAGGCUUUAUGAAAAAGAUUAUUAUACAGUUGGAAGAUAUUUAGAUCAUACUAAAAGUUUGAACAAACGCAAAUCACUACUCCGAAAAUCCAGUUCAGAAAGUUCAAUGCAAAAUCAAGCCUUUUCAAACAAUUUGAACGAGUCCUCAGAUUUCAAAGAACUUCCUUUACAAUGCAUAUCUGCAAAAUACCAAGAAAAUAACAUUGAUAUUCUAACUACAUCAUAUGGAAAGUAUGUACAGCCAUUCAAAACUCAAAAUUCUGAUGACAAAAUGAAAUUUAAUGGUCACGACCACCAGCAUUCCGACCAACAACAACAAACCUGUCAACUGCUUUAUGAUAGUCAAUCAUCAUUGACUGUGGAUCAAAGUACACAAACUAUACAAGUGGAAGAAUAUGAAAAAACUUGCUUUGAUUAUCUACACAGGGUAGAAUUACUGAAUUUCUUCUGUAAUAGAAUGAAUAGAUUUCCAUCCAAGGAAACAAUGGAACAACACGAUAGGUGUGCAACAACAAUUCAUUUGACUAACCUGCCAGAAAGUGUUUUGAAUUCCGGCAUAGUUAGUAACACGUCAGCUAAUUUGCAUAUAUCUAACUAUCCUAAUCUGUUGGAUAGGGAUUCAGUUUAUCAUAAAUCAACUGCGAAUUAUCAGGAUGGUCAAGACAGAUCCAAUGAGAAUGAUGAAAAUGAUGAAAUGCUUCUUAAAGCUAGAUCAAUGUCCUCUGGUGAUACUGGUUCUGAAAAUUAUGAGGAGAAAGAAGAUACAAGAGAUCAUUUCAAUUUUGAUCUAAGUAAGGAACCAAGCAAGAUUUUCGCAUUGAAGCAAGAUUUUUCUGAAGGUAAAAAAGCAAUGCAAAAGUUUCAGUCUCUGAAUUUUCCAACAUCAACACCUAAACAAAUUUCUAAAGUCAAUGAACUACAAAUGAGAAAAAAGCUAUUUCUAAGCAAAUUAAGGAAUGUUAGUUAUUCUUGGAGAAUGUCUGCCAAGAAAAGAUCAAAAUUCACAGACAAAUUCAGCAAACGGAUGAAAUUUGACAGUAAUUCUAAGCAAAGAAUAAAAAAUAGAGUGUCAAAAACGUUCAAAGGUGAAAAUGCUACUUCAAUGUUUCCAUGUAAUCAAUAUCACCUUACGAAGAUAAGUAAAUGUACCAACCUGAAUUCAUCCAUCAAAAGUAGUGAAUUGACUGCUUCCCUACUUUCAUCUACAGAUUUACGACUUACCCAUAGCCCAGAACUUACUAAAGGUCAGAAUGAAUAUGAUGUAAUAAAUGUGGAACAUAAAUCUCAUAUAAAACUUGAUCCAAGUUCAUUAACAACUCCAAACUUAGCUACCACAGCAUGUUUUUCGUCUCCGUCUUCUGAUAAGACUACUAUAUCUGAUUUACAGGACAACGAUGCAACAUCAGAACAGGUUGUUACAUUCAAUAAAAGCCAUAUAAAUAUACAACCAGCCCAAAACAGAAAAACAUACGAGUUUAAUGACAGCACAGAUAUAUCCUUGAAUUUGAAUGACAGUUUAGAAGAAUUUGAUGGUAGUGACACAAGUUUCGACUUGACAACUAGUAUCGAAGUAAAUAAAAAUGACGGAUUUUAUUCUGUUCAACCAAGCGAUAUUCAACGCACCUUCGACACAUCUCUUUCUUCUCCUUCAUCCAUACGGUAUAUUCCUAUUAACAAAUUCAGUAUGAACAACACAUCAUCCAUAUUACAAUAA